AUGUCUGCGUCAUUCGCGCUUCGGGACCCACCCAUGGACUUUUCCGUCCAACGGGCACGGCGAAGGCACCGAACGCAUCACUCCACACUCCUCUUCACAAGCAUGACCAACGGUCUGCUACGGCGCUUUUCGAGUUCCGCCCGCUCGCGACUUCCACCUUCAGCGGCAAGGCCACUCACAGUGCCUCGUAUACUCGGAUUCAAGCAGUAUCAGAGAACUAUCGCAGACGUUCGCCCACGACAGGCGGCAGUAUUGCGGCAAUGGUUUACAAGUUCAUCACCUUGCUUCUCCACAGAGCCCGAUGAGAGGGACAAGCAACGACAGAAUGAGCGCAAUCUCAAGUUGGGAAAUACAAUUCGCAUCCUCCACGAUCGCCUACCCACACUCCUCAUCUCGCCUCUCCCACAAGACGUUCUCUCUCCACACGUCAGCCUCCACCUCUUUCCCUCGACGCAUCCACAUCUCCCCAAGGUCACCGGGAAGCUCGCAUACGCAGCAGCUCUUUGGACAGCGCCAGUUGCAUGGGGUCGCGUGCCAGUGCUCGGCAACGUGAAGCUCAAAAUACUGUCUGAGCGCAUGGUCAAGAAUGGCGGAACCUGCGACGAAAGCCGCAUGCGCAACGAACGAUUGAUAGUCCGAUGGCAAACCUGCGGUAAAGCCAAGGACGAAGAGAAUGGACCGGUUAGCGAUGUGGUGAAGAAGAUUAAGAGCAUCAUACCAGGAGCGAGUCGGCCUGACGAAGAAUUCACUGGUCUGUUCAAGUUUGAGUUUGAUGAAGAGGGCCGUAUUCUUAAUCACAUUAUAGAGCAUACAGAGGAAGGGCAGCAUUGGGAGAAGACUGCGAAGAUGAUCUCGGUCACCGACUGGCUUCUCGGACGGGCUUGGGGAAGGCAAAACGAGGGCGGUCCAAGUUUGGCGUUUGCAAGAUGUCCGAGGGGAAAAAAUCUUCGCAGUCGUGACAGGGGCUCGUAG